UCUGAUUGGAUCUUCAAUAUUGCUAUGCAUAAAAUACCAAUCAAAAGUGAGUAAAGUAGAUAGAAAGUGAUGCUCUUUGUGUCUCUUUCAGCAGUUACACUUUCGUCUCUUUAUCUUUAAUAUUAACUCUAUGGUUUUAACAUCGAUGCAGAUGAAUAAUAUAUUCGAUUUUUGGAAUCGAUAUUUCGUUUGCAUUUUACUUCGAAACAGAUAAUGAAAAUAAGGUACUCCAAUGUUUAUAUUUUUAAAAUAGUAAAAAAAUAAAUGUCUUGUUGACGAAUAACUUCAAUAUCCUAAAAUGGCAGAUAGGCUCACUCAACUUCAAGAUUGUAUAAAUAAACAAGCAGAACAUUUCUGUAACAGUAUUGGUAUUCUACAACAAUUCGCCCCACCAAGUAAAUUCCCCAAUUUCGACCGAAGUGGAUCGCAGACUCCUCAACAGCAACAAAAUCAGGAGGAUUAUGUGCAAUUAUUCACGACUUUGAUAGCUAGAUGUGCAAAAGAUAUAGAUACGUUAAUAGAAUCUUUACCUAGCGAAGAAAGUUCUACAGAAUUGCAGAGUCUUCGAAUAUUGGAACAAGAGAAUCAAGAAGCUGCCGAAAGAUUGGAAGCCGUUGUUAGAAAUGGCCAAGAGUUGUUAGAAAAGAUCCAAGCUGCUCUUAGUGAUAUUGCUCAAGCACAACUUGACAUGCAACAUUUAACAAAGGCUGUUACUAAAAGCGAAAACAGGGAUUUUUAGUUUAUAGGUUUUUUUAAAAUUUUAUAUUUAUAGUGUGUAAGGUCCUUAAUUAAAAAUUUAACACAUUGGAAACAA